CUGCAGAGGAGCAGAGGCGAGCUGACUGACUGAGGGAACUACUGCAACUCAGGCGGCAGCUUUCAGUACAAGCUGAGCUAAGCGUUAAACCGAGUAAAAAUGACAACCCCGAUAGUUAAAAGUUGUCGUGGAAUAGUUUUAAAAGUAUUUGUGCUUCUUUUCAUCGUCUUUCAGCUCUCAAAUGCGCGUCCUUCUCCAAUAAUAAGAUUUCCCGGUGACGACACCCCCAAAACAGACAAAGAAGUUGCUCUGGACUAUCUGAAUAAGUUCUAUGGAUGUCCACAAGACAGCUGCAACCUCAUGGUGCUCAAAGACACCCUGAAGACAAUGCAGAAGUUCUUCACUCUGCCUGAAACUGGAGAGAUAGAUGCUCAAACUGUGGCAAUCAUGAAAAAGCCCCGCUGUGGAGUUCCAGAUGUUGCAAAUUACAACUUCUUCCACAAUAAACCCAAAUGGCAGAAGAAGGACAUCACCUACAGAAUCCUGGGAUACAGUCCUGACCUGGAUGAAGAAGUCAUAAAUGACGCUUUCUACAGAGCCUUUAAAGUGUGGAGCGACGUCACGCCACUCUCUUUCACCCGCAUCAUGGACGGAGAAGCAGACAUCAUGAUCAAUUUUGGUCGCAAUGAGCAUGGAGACGGUUACCCUUUUGAUGGAAAGGAUGGCCUGUUGGCUCAUGCCUUUGCCCCAGGGGGAGGAAUCGGGGGUGACUCCCACUUUGAUGAUGAUGAGCAGUGGACUCUGGGAGAGGGCCAAGUGGUCAAGGCCAAGUUUGGAAACGCUGAUGGGGAGUUCUGUAAAUUCCCCUUCCUCUUCAUGGGAACCGAGUACAAAAGCUGCACGGCUCAGGGCCGCGACGACGGCUUUUUGUGGUGCUCCACUACCUACAACUUUGAUGAAGAUGGAAAAUACGGCUUCUGUCCCCAUGAGUUGUUGUUCACCCUGGGAGGGAAUGGAGAUGGGGCUCCGUGUAAAUUCCCCUUCACCUUUCAGGGGAAACAGUAUGACAGCUGCACCACUGAGGGCAGAGAUGAUGGUUACCGCUGGUGCGCCACAACUGAGGACUACGACCGGGACACAUCCUAUGGCUUCUGCCCUGAAACUGCAAUGUCAACAGUGGGAGGAAAUGGGGAGGGAUCCCCCUGUGUCUUUCCGUUCACCUUUCUGGGAGACACUUAUGAGUCCUGCACUACCUCUGGGCGCAGCGAUGGCAAGAUGUGGUGUGCCACCACCAAAAGCUAUGAUGAUGACAGGAAGUGGGGUUUCUGUCCUGACCAAGGUUACAGUUUGUUCCUGGUGGCAGCUCAUGAAUUUGGUCAUGCCCUUGGUUUGGAGCACUCUCAGGACCCUGGUGCAUUGAUGGCUCCAGUUUACACUUUUACCAAAGACUUCAGACUUCCUCAGGAUGAUAUUCAAGGCAUUCAAGAACUUUAUGGUGUGCCAACAGACAAGCCUUUGCCCCCAACCCAAGGUCCUGUCACUCCAAUGGACAUCUGUAAAGAGUCAAUUGUCUUUGAUGCUGUUGCACAAAUCAGAGGAGAGACCUUUUUCUUCAAAGACAGGUUCCUGUUCAGGUCAGUCAAUUUCCGAAGCAAACCCAAAGGCCCUUUGCUAGUGGCCACCUACUGGCCAGAUCUGCCUGCCAAGAUAGAUGCUGCCUAUGAAAACCCAGCGGAGGAAAAAACUGUCUUUUUCGCAGGAAAUCAGUUUUGGGUUUACAGAGCUGAUGAGCUGCAGAGUGGCUAUCCUAGAAGACUCUCCAACCUUGACCUCCCCGAUGACGUGCAGCGAAUUGACGCUGCUUUUAACUUCCGAAGGAACAGGAAGACUUACCUAUUUUCUGGAGACAAAUUCUGGAGAUAUGAUGAAGAUAGAAAGACCAUGGACCCUGGCUUUCCCAAACUUAUUGCUGAUUCCUGGAAUGGCAUCCCAGAUGACCUUGACUCUGCCUUCAGUCUUAAUGGCAUUGAUUACAGCUAUUUCUUCAAAGGAAACCACUAUUUCAAACUGGAAGACAACACCCUAAAGAUUGUCAAGCUGGGUGAAAUAAAGACAGACUGGCUUGGAUGUUAAGUAUUAACAUGAAGUCCUCACUGUUGCAUCACGCACGAGUUGAGGUUGGCACAGUGCACACUUUUCUAAGCAAGCUUCUCUGGGACACAUGUUCCUCUGCUCUGUAUAACCAAUAUUUUCAACAAAUGGCAACUCAAGACUAUAUUCAUUAGCUUAACAUAUGCAACAGGAUAUUUGUCGUGUUUCUUUUGGGUUUUUUUACGCUUAUGUUUUACAUUGAUGUCGAUUUUUGAAUAUGUUCUCCCCCUUUUUUCAUUAUUUUCUGUAAAUACUUGUUAGAAAGUCAGACAUCAGGCAUGUCCACACUGCAUUAACCACAGCACUGUAAUGUGGUGCAGGGUUUUGCCCAUUCAUGCUCAUAUCUUACCUAAUGAAUAUGAAGACUUUACGUUCUCUAAAGAUUUUUAAAAUUUCUUUUUUAAUGUUUUUAUGUAUGUCUUUUUUAUUUCCUUUUCUCAUUGUUGAGCAAACAUUUACAAUAAUGAAUUUGCACAAUGUGACCGAAAGUGGUGCUUUUAGAGAAUGCUUUAUGCAUGUAGUCCUACAUAUAGAUAUUGUGUUUUAGAUUUUGUGUAACUGUGUCUGACAGGACUAUGUGCUACCGAAAGGGAUUUCAGAAAGUUGCAAUCACAGGCACACAUUAUUCUACGUUUGGUUGGCACUUUGCAUUGAAGUCCACAAGAAAAUUGCACAAUGGAAAGUUCAUUUACUGCCAUGGCAUCUCCAUGAUGUAUUAACUAAUGGUACAGUUUAAUGGCACAGGUUGCCUCAAAAAGACUCUAAAGGUUUAGUACAUUAUGGAUUUAUGACGAAAAUACUGGGGUAAAGUUGUUUACUUAAUGUUUUCUAUGUUUUCUUUCUUGGAAUAUACUCAUGUUUUUUGUUGUUUUAUCUCUUGUGCACUUUGUUACUGUAAUCAAUAAAGAUAAUCAAUAUAA